AAAUUCUACAUCAAACGCAUUCGAUCAGCUCAGCAGCGAACAGCUCAAACAAGUUCGAUAAAAACGACUCUCGUUUUUACACACACUCAAGCUCGAUAACGAGAAGUAAACAAGUUUGCGAGACAGCGCAACGUGAUAAGUGAUCAGAAACGCGAAGUUUACCUUGUGAUAACAACCAACAAACAAACUCAACAUGCAUUCGUACGCCGUGAACAACAACGCCGCCGCUAACCUGGCCGCCUGCAGCAACAACAGCAUCAACGAGAACCGCUACAACAGCGAGAAGUUGGCGAAAUCAUCGGCCGUCUACCGGUUGAAGAAGAUCCUGAAGCCGCUGGUGACCCUGCUCAAGAGCAAAAGCCACAAGACCACGUCAGUGAAGUCGAGCAACGUCGAUCAACGCCGCUCCAUCAUCAGCUACAUAGAUGACUUCGACUGUGACUACGACAACUCGGCCAACGAGCGUCUGGAGGCGGAACUGGUGGCCGAACUCGAACAGUGCCACGCCACCGAUGCUGCCAUCCUUGUGCUGGAGGAGCAACAGCUCCGUCUGCAGCCCGUUGUCCCCGAGGAACUGUACGUUCCGGUGCACUUUGCCCGCACCGAAGCCGGCACCUUCUUCUGGACGACGAUGCCGGCCCGUGAAGUUGACGAAGACCUGAUCCAACCGGCCCACUGCUACAGCGAGGAAAAACAGUACGCCCAGCAGGCUUACGCCGACCGUUGGGCUCAAGCCUAAGAGCUCGGAACAACCAACCGGGUGACCAACUCGCUCCACCGUUGCAAUGAUCUCCAGUGACAACACAAAGCAGCAAAGGUGGAGCUGGAAGGAACAACAAACUCACGAUCUCUUCCGGGUGCUUCAGGAGCACCGUCCCCGCGACCGUCUUGCUUGCAGCCUGGCCAGCAAGAGUGCGUGCAAAUGGGGAAGCCUGCAAACCGACGAUGAUGAUGGUACAGCUUUAAUAGGUUUAGUCUAGGGUCCGUAGCUUUCUUCGUACUUGUGAUAGUAGGGUUAAAACGUGUCUUCCAACAUUGUGAUUGAUCAACGUGUCUUCCAAUUUUGUUUUGUAAGCAAAAUCUGAUAGAUGAUAUUAAUACAAAAACGCCUAAAACAAAAA